AUGCGGAUUCUUUUAACCAAAUUACCCCGGCCAUGGCUUGUGGACGAGAAGAAGGAUGAUGGUUAUACAGCUCUUCAUCUUGCUGCACUUAAUAACCAUGUGGAAGUAGCAGAAUUACUGGUUACUCAGGGCCGAGCUAACAUGGACUUACAAAAUGUUAACCUUCAGACUCCUCUUCAUCUGGCAGUGGAAAGACAGCAUAGCCAGAUAGUUAGACUCCUUGUGCGUGAAGGCUGUAACUUGAACAUCCCUGAUAAGGAUGGAGAUACCCCACUGCAUGAAGCUCUCCGACAUCACACACUCUCUCAACUUCGACAACUCCAGGACAGACAAGACGUGGGCAAGGUGGGGCCCAAUACUGAGUUGCUGAUGGGACUGGGAACUCAAGGAGCUGAUAAAAAGAGCAGUGCAACUAUAGCUUGUUUCUUGGUUUCUUAUGGAGCAGACCUGAACAUUAAAAAUAAAAAAGGCCAAACUCCUCUGGAUCUGUGUCCCGAUCCAAACUUGUGUAAAGCUUUAACUAAGUGCUUCAAAGAACGAGCAAGUGGACUGCAAGAUCCAAACCCUCCAACCCUCACGCCACCACCUGAUCGAGACACAUUGGAGGAGUGUAUGGUUUGUUCUGACAUGAAACGUGACACACUCUUUGGGCCAUGUGGUCACAUUGCAACUUGUUCCCUUUGCUCCCCACGGGUCAAGAAGUGUUUGAUGUGUAAGGAACCAGUUCAGUCUCGUACUAAGGUUGAAGAAUGCGUAGUGUGUUCCGACAAACGAGCAUCAGUCUUAUUUAAACCUUGUGGACACAUGUGUGCAUGUGAUGGGUGUGCUGCCCUUAUGAAGAAAUGUGUCCAGUGUCGCAGCCAGGUGGAUAAGAUGAUUCCCUUUAUUGUUUGUUGUGGAGGAACUGCACCUCCUCGAUCUCAGGCUCCAGCCACUCCCACUGGUAACUUGAUGAAUAAUGGGGUCCGUGAUAACUCCCACAAUGACGUACAAAAGCUCCAAGAACAGUUGAAUGAUAUCAAAGAACAGACAAUGUGCCCAGUGUGCCUAGACCGCCUAAAAAAUAUGAUCUUCUUGUGUGGCCAUGGAACCUGCCAGAUGUGUGGUGAUCGCAUGACUGAAUGUCCCAUUUGCCGUAAGGCAGUCGAGAAACGCAUUCUUUUGUACUAGCCAUGACUAAGAACUGGCUUUCUUACAUUUAAUUAAAGCCAGUCUAGUCUAUUAACCACAAAAUUUGGUACAUACAAAAUUGUGAGUUAGUCCAAAAAUAUUAUGCUACAAUUUGAAGUUAAGAAGCUUUCGGUAAUAUUCACCAUAUAUAUAUAUAUAUAUAUAUACACAACUAGGUAACGUGGAAAUGAUGCCAGAGUCAUAUUCCUCUAUUGCUUAAGUGAUGGAAUCUCUGUGUGUGAGCUGAUUUUUUUUUUUUUAAUAUAUAUAAUUAUAUGCAAAAGACCAUUUAGUUGCCCUUUCCAUUCAAUGCUUGGUGAGUAGUUACGUUAAUAACUUUACAAGUUGAACUUUUUCGAUAGUUGUAUUUUGUAGCAGCCUAGUUUAGAGUUUUACACUAACUCUUUGAUAAGAGUAUAACUUCUAAGUGUAAUUUACUUUUUUUACACCCACCUUCCUUUUUUUUUUAGGAGCCAGAUUAGAACAAACUUACGAGAAAAACACAGUAUUUUAUUAAGCAAACACAUAGAUAAAAGAUUGUUAAUUUGUUUUUACCUGUGUUAUCAUAUUUCUCCCACUGACUUAUGAAGCCAUAUUUUAAAUUAAAUAAAGUAGAAGCUGAAGUGAUUAGCGACUAAAACUGUCGGCUUUUACUUCAGAGUGACAUGAUUCUGAAACCAAGCUUCUUGUUGGUUGUUCCUUCUAUUUUACUUUUGACAGUUAAGUUAUUGUUUUUGGCAGUUGUUGCUGAAUAUCUUUAUGUAUUUAACUGUUUUUGUACUCGGUAAGUUAAUAAGGUCCUUAGUUAGUUAUUGCUUGAUGGGUUUGCUCCAUUGUAAGAAAAUUUAAGAAUGAAAAUCGAGACUUGAUAGGAAAGUUUGUAAUUCUAGUUAAUGUUUUUACCUUGAGGUUCAUCUUAAGAUGCUUGAAUGUUACUCCCUAAAUUUGUGACUUGCUUCGUGGGAAACAUCCAUCGUGAUAUACCACGCAUAAUCAUCCCUCAACCAUCAAGUCAGUCACUAUGAAAAGUUUCUGUGCUGAUCACUAAAUGGUUUUUAUUCACCCACGAAAGAAUCGGUAAAGAAUAAAUUUGUCGUAUUGUCUAUAGUUAAAGCAUCAGUCAUUAAGCUGCCGUUAAAAGUCAUGCUGUCAAAAACCCUAUACGAGUUAUUCAUAAAUUUUCUAAGUUCUGUUCAUAUGUCAGCAUAGUUAAGGUUUCAUAUUCUAUGCUGAAUGUUAGUUUCUAGUUAAGCACUUAUGUCUGAUAUAAGAUCAUGAAUAUAGUCAAAGUUUUUAAUAUCUCUAUCAUUAUAUAGAAUGCACCAUUUUCUUGUGUCCUUUUUUUGUUCUAAUCAAGGUUAUUGGUUAGUUUUUGAUUAUAUUUAGAUGUAACAAAUCAUUGUUAAUAAACGGCUAAAAGUGGGUAAUUGAUACAACUCAGUAUCCACAGUAAAGUUUUUUACUGCCUGACUAGAUCUUGAAUGAGAUAGUGUUAAGGCCAAAUCCUUGAGAUGUUUGGAUUGUAAGACUAUCUGUAUAUAACAUACUUUCCUCUAGAUGGUGAUAAAUUGCAUUAACAAUGAAUGUAUUACUUUAGUGCAGGACAGAGACUCCUGAUCUAACAGAUGUGGAUUAUUAUAUUUCUGUUGUGUCGAGAUUGGACUUGACACAAAUUUUGUAAUUGCCAAGCCCAUUUCUUUUUGAUGCCAUUUCAAAGUUAAGCUUGUCCAGUGGCACCUUAACAAGUGCUUAUUUUGCACAGUUGUCUUUGUAGAUUACAAGUUCUGUACUAUUGUACAUUGAUAUUAGUUACAAUAAAAAUUAAUUGCAAGAAAUUCUAUUUGAAAUAUAUAUAUAUACACACACAUACUUAAUCCUCAGAACACCCUAGUAUUAAGUUAGUAACAGUUUUUGUCAAGUGCACCUAGGUUGUUAGAACAUUUUUUUUUUCUUCAGAAUACACAGAUGUUACGUUGUACUUUUGCUAAAUAAAAACAGAAUGUUCUCUAU